CCAGUCGGAUCUCUCAUGACCUGACGAACCGACCCGUUUAAAUAACACUAUCCAAAUUCCACUUCUAGGGAGUGCUUAGCCUCUUCCUUCCAAGCUUCCGUAGAAGAAUCAAAAUUUCAUCUGUGGAGAAAACUAUGGCCACGUGCUUUCGGUUACCCAUGGCGUCCACAGCUCCAUGUUCUUCAUCUUCAUCGUCGCCGUUGAAACAUCGUAGCUUUAACAUUCGCUGUGCAGCCAAUUUCCAUACCAGUACUAAUAUUCCUAUGCCUCCUAUAAACCCUAACGAUCCAUUUCUAAGUAAACUUGCCUCUGUUGCUGCUAAUAAUCCAGAUGCACUCUUCUCUCGCUCUCAAAAUUCUGAUGUACCGCCGUAUUUGGACAUCUAUGACUCCCCUAAACUCAUGGCUACACCUGCUCAGGUGGAGAGAUCAGUAUCAUACAAUGAGCAUAGACCGGAUACACCUCCACCAGACUUGCCCUCAUUGUUGCUCCAUGGUAGAAUAGUUUAUAUUGGCAUGCCGUUGGUGUCAGCAGUCACAGAGCUUGUGGUUGCAGAGUUGAUGUACCUACAGUGGAUGGAUCCUAAAGAACCAAUUUAUCUGUACAUAAAUUCUACUGGGACUACACGCGAUGAUGGUGAAACAGUUGGUAUGGAAUCAGAAGGUUUUGCAAUUUAUGAUGCCUUGAUGCAACUAAAAAAUGAGAUACACACUGUAGCAGUUGGUGCUGCCAUUGGUCAGGCAUGUCUCCUGCUUGCUGCUGGUACUAAAGGCAAAAGGUUUAUGAUGCCACAUUCCAAAGCCAUGAUUCAGCAGCCCCGUGCACCAUCAUCUGGAUUAAUGCAGGCCAGUGAUGUUUUCAUCCGGGCAAAGGAGGUACUCAUAAACAGGGAGACCCUUGUCAAGCUUUUGGCUAAACAUACUGAAAAUUCGGAAGAGACUGUUGCCAAUGCGAUGAGAAGACCAUAUUACAUGGAUGCUGCCAGAGCUAAAGAAUUUGGCGUCAUUGAUAAGAUUCUUUGGCGUGGCCAGGAGAACAUUAUGGCAGAUGUUAUGGCAGCAGAGGAGUGGGACAAGAAUGCAGGCAUCAGAGUUGCUGAUGAUUUUUAGGUUAUUCCAAGAUAGUAAUCUGAUGGGAAUAUUGACGGAAGCGUUUCAACCGGCAAGGACUGAAACUCUGAUUCAUUUCACAAGAAAAGAGUUGCCAAAUAGAGAAAAUUCUGGUUAGAACAAGUCCUGAAAUGGAAGCACUUGCUGUAGCUCUCCAAGAUUAUACAGCAUCAUGAUGACAUACUUCCUAGCAACCAAGAAUAGGGUUCUAGCUUGGAUAAAAAUCGUUGUACACAAAUUGUUGUUUUCUGAAUUUGUGAGUUACACAAUUAUUAGCUCAAUGGCCCAUUUUGUUUCACUAGAUUCCUCUUUGACAAUAUAUUCUACUGAUAUAUAUUGCAUUGUUCUUGUCAUCUCAUAACAGCAUUUUGCGAGGCAAGAAACAUGAAUUUAUCCA